UUAUGAUGCAGCGUAGUUAAAUCAGAGUAUAGUUGUAUUGUUCGUUUAUUUUUAUUAUAAAUUACAGUGCGUACAAAUUCAAUAUACAAAUUAAAAGGCAACAGAGCUAACAAUGGCCGACGAGGAGAAAAUCUCGACUGGGAGAAGCUUGAAGCAAUGCUGCAAGCUUCAUUGGAGGGGCAAGGGGACUAUCAUCAUUCCAUUGGUUACCUUGCCUGUUUUGUUUUAUGCCUUUAGCAUACAGUCACCAGAGUACAAGUGCAUGUAUCUGGUGCUGAACAUGGCGCUCUUCUGGAUAACAGAAUGCAUCCCACUCUAUCUGACAUCCAUAUUUCCGGUGGUCUUUCUGCCGCUGUUCAGCAUAAUGAGCUCCUUUGAUGUAUGCCAGCUGUUCUUUACGGAUACCUUAGUUAUGUUUUUGGGUGGUCUCAUUGUUGCUCUGGCCGUGGAGUACAGCAAUCUGCAUCAGCGCAUCGCGCUGGGUACAAUUCUAUUGGUUGGCUGCAGUCCCAGACGUUUGCAUUUAGGUCUCGUUGCGGUCACCUGCUUUAUAUCGCUUUGGAUAUCAAAUUCGGCAGCUACUGCCAUGAUGUGCCCCAUUGUUAAGGCUGUGCUCAUGGAAAUGGAAGCCCAAAAUAUAUUUCAAGUCAGCAUGACACAAGAGGAGCAGCCCAUGGAGGAGGGCGAUCCACCGCAUCCCUCCAUAAUAUCGAUGGCAUUCUAUUUCGGCAUUGCCUAUGCGGCCACAAUUGGGGGCUGCGGCACGCUCAUUGGCACGGGAACAAAUCUCACCUUUAAGGGUCUAUACGACACUCGCUUUCCCAACUCCCAGGAAAAGGUGGACUUUCCCAAGUUUAUGAUGUAUGCGAUUCCGCUGGUUGUGUUCGUCAAUGUGAUUCUCUUGUACUUUUCACUGCAAGUAACGCACAUGGGCCUGUGUCGACCGAACAGCAACAUCGGCCAGCAGAUAAAGCGCGGCUCUGAAAAUAAGGAUGUGGUGAAACAGGUGGUCGUCCAGCGUUUUAAGGAGCUGGGUCCCAUGACAUGCCAUGAGAUUCAGGUGGCCAUACUAUUUGUCUUCAUGAUUCUAUUGCUCUUCUUCAAGAAGCCCGGAUUCGUAAUGGGCUGGGGUGAUUUUCUUAACGCCAAGGCCAUAGGCAGCUCGACGCCAGUCAUGCUGUCGGUUGUCCUCUUGUUUGCCCUGCCCACACAGUAUACGUUCUUUAAGUACUGCUGCGGUAAAGCACCCUUCACGGGCCGCACCAUGGACGCUUGCCUCUCCUGGGUGUACAUACAAAAGCACACACCGUGGGGCCUGUGCUUUUUGCUCGGUGGCGGCUUUGCUCUGGCCGAGGGCAGCAAACGCAGCGGCAUGGCCAAGAUGUUGGGCGAAAAAAUGUCAUUCAUUAAAUCACUUCCAACCUUUGCCACAAUUGGCGUCUGCAUUCUGAUAAGUCUUUUCUGCACUGCCUUCGCCUCCAACGUGGCCAUUUGCAACAUCCUCAUACCCAUAUUCAGUGAAAUGGCCAUCAGUAUUAAAACGCAUCCAUUGCUGCUGACCCUGCCCUCCGCUCUGGCCAUUAGCACGGCAUACCAUCUGCCGGUCAGCACUCCGCCUAAUGCUAUUAUUUGUGGAUAUGCUUUCAUCAAGACAAAGUAUUUGGCUAUCGCUGGAAUAUUGCCAACGAUUUGGUCCUUCCUUUUGCUCUGGGUGAACGCGCUGACCUUGGGUUACGUUGUCUAUCCCGGCACCAAAAAAUUCCCAGAUGAUUUAUAGAGUCGUUAAAACCAGGAAUGUUAGAAGAGACGAUUUAAGAUUUCACUAGCUCUUCAACAUGAAAAAAUGUAAUUAAUAUUUUAUUUUGUUUCUUUUCUCCUGUAUAUAAAAACGAAAAAAGUUUCGCAAUGAAUGUUAAGAAAUGCACUAUAGCAUUUAAAGAACAAGGAAAAA